AUGAGCGCUUUACACGCCUACCGGGCACUGCUUCGUGCUGCACAAGCAGCAUUCCAAGGCGAUUCUAAGCUACUCUUAGCUUCACACCGUGAGAUUAGGACGCAAUUUGAGCGUAACCUAGACCCCGGUGGCAUGGAUAAUAAGGAUGAAAAGGUCAAACACGCCUUCGAGGUAGCCAAGUUCCUCAAGCAGAAUGUGGUACAGGCAGAGAAACUGGAUGGGCAGGAAAAUUUUAGAUUACGGCUACACGAAGAAACCGAGAGAGGAGACAAUGAAAGUAUCAAAACUCCAUUGAAAGGCCGAGUUGGAAAAUUCGAGAGGUGCAGCUAG